AUGGAGUCCUCUCCCAUUUACAGUUUCAGCUCCAUCGCCGAGUUUGCGCGCAUCCACAAGGCUGGAACGGAGCAUGAGUUCCUUCAAGAUGCGCGGUUGAUCGAUGAGAUCAAUGGGCAGGGCCUCAAGUUCGAUGCUUGGCUCAUUACUCGUAUUCGGCAAACCACAAAGCGCAGCGAAUACCUCCUUCUCGUUCAGCCAGGCUCCAACGGCGAUAGCAAGAUGCCAUCCCAAGGUGGAGGUGGCAAAGUGAGAAUCGCCUUUGCGGAUGGUACUUUCAGCGGAUACUGGGAUGUCGCUCGCAUUGAGAAUCUAGUUGCCAUUCUGGGAUCGAGCAGCUCGCCGCUGGCAAAGCUUCCCGCAUACAAAGUAAUCGUUCCGACUGCACAGCAUCAUGAGGUCUUGGACAAACCCAUUAUCGACUCUACUGGGUCAUCUUCCGGUUCGGCGGCCACUAGUCCCAAGCGUCUCUCCCCAGCAGCCUCCUCAUCAUCAACCAUUUCACCCAUCGCCUCCUCGGUUGGGAACUCUUCUGGUUUGCGUCGCGAUUCUCACAAUCACAAGAUUGUUGCAGACCAAAUUGAUCUGGUCUCUCAGCUGAACCCAACCAACGUCGUCAAGGUCAAUUUCCAUCUCUUCGCCUCGGAAUCAACCAAAGAUUCUGAAAUUGGAGCGUUAGUGUCUCUCCAUGGUCGUUACCAGAACGCGACGGAUCGACAACUGGACGCAUUCAACUACUUUGUCACCUUGACAAACCCUGCUUUCCGCGUCAACCUUCAUGACAAACUGCCACACAUGAAGAAGGCUCUUGACCGGCCUGGCUGGUUUGAGACGCCCCUCGGCAAGAGGUUUCAUAUGCUAAACCAACAGCAGAAGGAGGCUUAUCUUCACGGCUUUGACCAUCUACCAUGCGGUAUUUGUGUUCUCCCAGGGGGGCCUGGUGCGGGUAAGACGCACUUCAAUCUGUUCACUAUCGCCAUGGCUCAAUCUGAGCCCAUGGUACGAUUUGGGAAGCGUCCGAAUGAGUCGGCAAAAGUUUUGUUCAUCGUCGAUAUGAACAGUCCUGUCGACGAUGUUGCGAACCGAAUGGUCCGCCUGUACCAAGAUCUGGGCAUGAAGAAGUCGAUCAUUCGGAUGAAGGGUUGGGGUUUUGAGGUGAACCGGAGCUCUAAGCUGAACCAAGCGGAGGACGCCGCGGCGGGCGGAAUUGCCAAUGCCGACUUCACCAACCAAUUCCUUGCGACUGUCAAAGAGAUGACCACUGGACAAAACUCCGAGACCAGUUGCAGAGCCCCGAGUCUCGACGAAGCGGCCUGGGAGCGUUAUGAAGCACACAAGGAUACGGAGUAUGAGCCGAUCAAGAAGUACAUGGAAGAAGAGUUGUUCGGUGAGGAGGAAUGCCUCGUGGUCCCCCUCCGUUUUCGCAAUCUAGUAUACGAUCUGUACCGAGACACCCUAGCCGACGCCGACUUUAUUGCGACAACCCCUGUGGCUGCGUCUAAUCAUUUUAAGGGCAUGUUCAAGCCCGACUUGGUGUUCUUUGAUGAGUCGCCUCAUGCCCGAGAGCUGUGCAACUUGGUGGCAAUUGCAAACUUCAACCCGGUCGCCUGGAUAUUUUGCGGCGAUCAUCGGCAAACUGUACCUUACGUCGGUUCUGCGGGCUCCGGUUCUCAGAAUCCCUACGCGCGACAAAUGCAAAUUUCGAUGAUGGAACGCGCGGCCAGGGCCCGGGUGAUUCGUCAUGAACUCUUGAUCAAUCACCGUGCCUAUGGCAGCCUUCAUCGGUUGGCAUCCGGUCUUUGGUACAACGGACGCAUGGUCUCGGGAACAGCAAAAACGGAAAACCGCCCGCUCGUUCAUGUCCGCAACUAUCUAAGCCGGCUCAUUGGCAAUAAGCCGUGCGGAGUACCGAGACUCAUUGUUCAUCUAAAAGGAUCUGUCGGAGAAAAGGCGGAGGGAACAUCAUGCUGGAAUCCCAGCCACGCGGCUUGGGUGAUGGCUCGUGUCAAGGAGUUGCUGGCUGAUCAACAUUUUCGCAAGCCGGACAGGAUGGAGCCCGGCACCAUCCUCAUAAUAUCGCCAUACAGGGCUGCCUUCCAGCGGUAUAAGAAUGAGCUCAGGACACUCCCUCAAUGGGCCCAGAAGCGGGUGGAAGCUCGUACAGUCGAUGUCUCGCAAGGCCACGAGGCUGACUUUGUGUUUUUGGAUCUCUCGAAGGAGAGAUCGACUGAUUUUCUUGACGAUCCUAAUAGGUUGUGCGUGGCUCUAACCAGAGCGCGUUUAGGGGAGAUAAUCCUGAUGUCUGGAGAUAUGCCGUAUUCCGAGCAUUUCAAGCACCGAAGUGAGCAUCUUCGCCGGAUGUACGCUGCCUGCAUGGACCGCUCACCAUCCGCUAUCAGUGAGAAUGGGGAUGGGAACGAUCUUUGCAGCGGGAAUGGACAGGUUGUUUGGCUGCAUGCCGAAAUCCCCGACAAUGAGGAUUGGUCUACUUCGUUGUCUGACGACUGGCCCACGAUGGCGUAUGACGACCUGGACGAGAUCGAUCAGUCGGCUCUGUUGCACCGCAAGGCUACCGAGGCCUUGGCCGCUCAGCACAAGAGAAACGAGGAGUUUUACCGCAGAUCCACCACUCGGAAGAUCAAUCAAGAGGCAUAUGACUGGCUGAUGUGUCGCGAUGCGGAUGGCGAUAGUGAAAAGAAGGAGUUUUCUCCCGAGAACGAGGUAUUGGAGGAGAAGUAUGUUCAGAGGAAGGAUAUUGUUCAGGAGAAGGAUAUUGUUCAGGAGAAGGAUAUUGUUCAGGAGAAGGAGUGCAUUGUGGAGAAGCAGAUUGAGGGGGAGGUGUCUACUGAGAAGGAGAACUCUGUCGAUCAGAACAACCAUGUCAUGAUGAAGGAGUGUGGGCAGGGAAAGAGCUGUGUUGAGGAAAGAGAGUGCACCGUGGAGGAGGGGUUUGUUAUAAAGAAUGAGAUGAGCUCACAACCUGGUGGUGGUGGGGGUUUGGCGUUGUUGGCCUGCCUUGUUGGGAAUCUGGGUAAAUCGCAGGCUGAUCACUAG